AGAACGCAUUGCAUCGAGCUUCGCCAUUGGCUAGUGGUACAUAACGUGAAAUAUCCAAUGAGCCGCCAUAUUAGGAAGCCAAACCCCUCUUUCAUUCGGAUAAGAAAAGACAGGACAUACUUCCAGGAUAGUUUUUCAGGCGUGCCGGUUGUUGUUGAUUGCCUCAAUCAAAAUUGUUGACCCCGCACGAUCCGUAUCUCGCUUUGGUUUGGUUACCGCCUUUGAUUCGGGUUAUUUAGUCUUCUACAAUGGCGACGGCGGCUGGAACUCCGACCGGGCAGAGAAGCACGUGCGGCAGCGGCACUCCGCUGAGCCCGAACAGGAUAACCCGACUGCAGGAGAAACAACAGCUCCGGGACCUCAACGACCGCCUGGUCGUUUACAUUGACAAAGUCCGUAGUUUGGAGUCUGAAAACGAUGUACUCCACCUGCAAAUUAACGAGAAGGAAGACGUGAGAAGCCGGGAGGUAACCGGACUGAAAUCCCUGUACGAGACCGAGCUAGCCGACGCCAGAAGGUGUUUGGAUGAGUCCUCCAAGGAGCGGGCCUGGCUGCAGAUUGAGCUGGGAAAGAUAAAAUCCGACCAUGAACAGCUUCAACACAACUACAACAAGAAGGACUCUGAGGCAGCAGGAGCUCAGGCCAGGCUGAAGGACCUGGAUGCUCAGCUGAACUCUAAAGACGCCAUGCUGGCUACGGCGCUGUCUGAGAACAGAGGCCUGGAGGCCAUGCUGGCCGACCUGAGAGAACAGCUGCAGGAGCUGGAUUCAGGUCUGGCUCAGGCCAAGAAGCACCUUGCAGAUGAGAUGCUGAUGCGAGUUGACUUGGAAAACCGCUGCCAGAGUCUGACAGAGGAAAUGAUCUUCCGUAAGAGCAUGCAAGAGGAGGAAGUGAAGGAGGCCCAGCAGCGGUACACCACCCAGCUGGUGGAGGUGGACUCUGGCCGGAAAGUGGAGUAUGAAUAUAAACUGACUCAGGCCUUGACUGACAUGAGGACUCAGAACGAGGAGCAGAUCAGGCUCUACAAGGACAACAUGGAGAGCACCUACGUCACCAAACUGGAGGACCUGCACCGGGUGUCUGAGAUGAACGGAGCGUCGGCCAGCAUGUCCCGAGAGGAACUCAGAGAGUCCAGCCUGAGGAUCGACAGCCUCACUGCCCAGCUGGCAGGAAUGCAGAAGGAGACCCGUGGUUGGCGCGAUCGUAUCGUGGAGCUGGAGGCGGCGUUGUCUCAGGAGAAAGACCGGAGCCGCAAGCUGCUGGCAGACAAAGACAGUGACCUGGCCGAGAUCCAGGCCAAGAUGCAGCAGCAGCUGAACGACUACGAGCAGCUGCUGGACGUCAAACUGGCGCUGGACAUGGAGAUCAACGCCUACCGCAAACUUCUGGAGGGAGAAGAAGAAAGGCUGAAGCUGUCUCCCAGUCCUUCAGCUCGCGUCACGGUGUCUCGAGCCUCGUCCAGCAGCCGCAGCGUGCAGACCACCAUGGGGAAGAGGAAGCGCAUCGACGUGGAGGAACAGGAAGCCAGCAGCUCGGUGGCCAUCACGCACUCCGCCGCGGCCACGGGACCCGUCUGCAUUGACGAGAUUGACACCGACGGCAAGUUCAUCUGCCUCCACAACAAUGGAGAUGAGGACGAGGCAAUGGGCAGUUAUGAGAUGAUUAAGACUAUUGGAAAUGCCACAGCCACCUACAAGUUCACACCCAAGUAUGUCCUGAAGGCGGGCCAGAAAGUCACGGUCUGGGCGUCUGAUGCUGGUGUGAGCUCCAAACCUCCUACAGAUCUGGUGUGGAAGAACCAGUCCUCCUGGGGUUCAGGGGUGGACGUCCAAGUGGUGCUGAUCAACACUCAGGGAGAGGAGGUGGCAAAGAGAACCACAACAUACAAGACAACAAUAGAAGAGGAGGAUGAUGAUGAUGGAGUGGAGGCCACUGAUGAAGAACUCUUCCACCAGCAGGGGGACCCUCGCACUGCAAAGAGAGGCUGCUCCAUCAUGUGAUCGCACUGCACCAACCACCCACCUCCUCUGAGCCCAGCCAGUCUGCUGCCAACUGUAAUACUAGAACUAUUUUUCUAUCUUUUGUAGCGCAUUCCAAUAAAGAAAUGGUUUUAUUUCUCAUUUAAAAAAUGCAAAACUGCUUUUGGUAGAUGUAUUUUCACCUGAAAAAGCUAAAUAACAUGGUGAAUGAACCGUUUGUAUUUGUAGUUCAGAUUGUUUUUAAACUGUGCAACAAGUAGCUAAACUCCAGGACCGACUUGUGUCUUUUAAGAAAACAAGUGUGAUUAUUUUUGUUUGGUUUUUUUAAUGGAUUUUAAUUUAGUUGUUUUAUUUUGUAUGUUGUUAUUGAUGCUACAAGAAAAGCCACAGGAUGUUGGCGACUCGAUUAGGACAGGUGCUGACUAAAACACUAAUAUUUACAAAAAUAGUGAUUUUAAAAGUGGCCAGAAUAAGCAGUGUCGAGACAAAAUGAGAACAAACUAUUUGACAUUCUUCUGGUAUCUUUAGAAAAAAGAAAAGGUUGUUUGAUUGUAUUCAGAAGAGGCGGUUUGAGUUUGUUAGCAGUUGUUGCGUUCUCUUCUUUAAUGUAUAAGAUAAUUAUACACCAACUGAUAUUCUACUCCCAGCUGUGUGUUCACUCCACUGACUCGCCACUAAUGGAGAAGUGUUGAUUGUAUUCUUUACUUUUGAUAUUUGAAGUGUUUGAAGUACUUUUUGUGUGUUGGUGUGUUACUAUGCAUGCUAUGGCUGUAAUCAUCGUUGAAUGAUUAAACAAGUUUUCUUGUA